AUGGAAUACAAAGAUGAUUUAGAAAAAACCAAACAAGAUCCAUCAGAAGAAGAAAUUAAUCCAGAGGACAAUAAUUUUGAUUGUACAGAACUAGAAAAUACAUUAUCUGAUUUUAUAAAUUGCGGAGAUACCGAAGUUCAAGAUAAUUCAAUCAAAACUAUCGAAUAUUAUUCCCAAUAUCCGCCAGCAGCCGAUUUAUUGGUUCGUGAACCAUUUCAAGAUCAUCAAAUAAUUCCAUUUCUCUUCGAAAUUUUAAUGAAUGAUAUUAGGGAGAAUUUAGUGUUACCAAUAUUGAACAUAUUUUCUAAUUGUAUUCGUUCUACAACCAUAUCUCAAUUCUUCUAUUAUCAGGACUUAAUCGGCUUAUUUGAUAAAAUAAUGAAUGCACCUUCAAGAAAUUAUAAGCAAUAUCUGAAGGAAUACUUAGUAUCUAAUAACAGUAUCUUUUGUGCGUUUCUAAGUAUAUUACGAAAUCUUUCUCAACAUAAAUUUCCUCCUGAGAUAGAAAACGGACUCUUUUGGGUUAAAUUCAUUAAUAUAAUACUUGUUUCAAUUGAAUCAGAUGUCAGUGACUUUAUGAUUGAUGCAAUUGAAAUUUCAAUAAAUAUAAUUCCACAAUCAAAAGAUGUAAGGAUGACAUUAGUUUACAAUGACUUUGUACAACUUUGUUUCUCAAAAUUUUUACAUUUUGAUAAAAGUUUUCGAAUUAUUCUGAAAUGUUUGGGAAUUUGCGUUCAAUAUAUGCCAGAUAAGGUAUUUGAUAAUUUACCUGAAACAUGGACUGAUGACAUCAAAGAAUUAUUGCUUCAAAUAGAUCAAGAUUCUCAAAUUGAAAUAUUAAAAUUUAUUUAUGAAGUUUCAAGGACUCCAAGUGGAUCAUCUUUGUUACAAUCGAGGGGAUAUCUUGUAUUCUUAACAGAAAUGAGCGAAAAUGCUACUUUCAAAGUUAGAAAAUAUUCUUUGAAAAUUAUUCUUGAAAUUUUAGGGUAUCAACCAGAAUUAGAAACCUUCAUCAUAGAAAAGGGGUCGUUGGAGUUUCUUUUACCAUUUUUCGAAGUUGAAGAAGAUGAAAUUAAUGAUAUGAUUUUAUCUUCUCUUUCCGGCAUUAUAUACUCAGCAAAAGUUGUUGAUGGUCAAAGUAAUCCUUUGUUUGAAGCUUUUAUGUCAUGUGAUGAGAUUCUUGAUUAUAUUCAAGAAAUUUCAAUCAGAGAUGAGGAAAAUCAGAAUUAUCCAAACUUAAUAGAAAGUGCUCAACUAAUUAUGAGCGAAAUGGAUGCAAAUAUUCAAGCAAUCGAACAUUCAUAA